AGUCACUCAUCGCUAACAGUGAAUCAUCUUGUCUCUUUAACAUUAAGUGCUUCGUGUUGUCAUGUUGCUGGAGACUGCGUUUGCGCAACAUGAUCUGCAGCCACUGCACAACACACACACAUACAUACAUACAUACACAUACAUACACACACACACACACACGAUCUUGUCUUUGCGGAAGCUAGUGGAGCCUAGGCGGCGCUAAAUUAAAUUAGCAUACUAACUAGUUAGUUGUGCGCCGAGGGGGAUGGACGGGUGAACGGAGCUGUGUGCAGUAAUACACAUUCUCUGAAGUCAAGACACCACCGACUCCAGCCUCAUUUUGUCGGGAUCUUCCUGUCGUCUGCCUGCCGAGGAGAUGGGGGACAAGGCGGGCACCAGAGUUUUUAAGAAGUCCAGCCCCAACUGUAAGGUAACAGUUUAUCUGGGAAAGAGAGACUUUGUGGACCACUUGGACCACGUGGACCCAGUAGAUGGAGUGAUCCUCGUCGACCCCGAGUAUCUGAAGGACAGGAAAGUCUUCGUCACGCUGACCUGUGCGUUUCGAUACGGCCGCGAGGACCUGGACGUGCUGGGUCUGUCCUUCAGGAAGGAUCUCUACAUCUCCACCUUCCAGGCCUUCCCUCCGGUGCCUGAGGAGCGGAAACCCAACAGCCGGCUGCAGGAGAGGCUGCUGAAGAAACUGGGCCAGCAUGCACACCCCUUCUACUUCACUAUUCCUCAGAACCUGCCCUGUUCGGUCACUUUACAGCCCGGCCCAGAGGACACUGGAAAGGCCUGCGGUGUUGACUUUGAGAUCAGAGCUUUCUGUGCCAAGUCAAUAGAAGAGAAGAUUCACAAGAGGAACUCGGUGCGUCUGGUGAUCAGGAAGGUUCAGUAUGCACCAGAAAAACCUGGUCCUCAGCCAAUGGUGGAGACGACCCGCAGCUUCCUGAUGUCUGACAGGUCCCUGCACCUGGAGGCCUCUCUGGACAAGGAGCUGUAUUACCACGGAGAGCCCAUCAGCGUCAACGUGCACGUCACCAACAACUCCACCAAGACCGUCAAGAGAGUGAAGAUCUCCGUGCGCCAGUAUGCAGACAUCUGCCUGUUCAGUACUGCCCAGUAUAAAUGUCCAGUGGCCCAGCUUGAGGCAGAUGAUCAGGUGUCGUCCAGCUCCACCUUCUGUAAGGUGUACACUCUGACCCCGACGCUUGACAAGAAUAGAGAGAAGAGAGGACUCGCCCUGGAUGGAAAACUGAAACAUGAAGACACCAACCUGGCCUCCUCCACCAUUGUGAAGGACGUUACCAACAAAGAGGUUCUGGGGAUCCUGGUGUCCUACAGAGUCAAAGUGAAGCUGGUGGUCUCACGUGGAGGGCUGCUGCGAGGCAUGUUGGAGAGGGACGUGUCAGUGGAGCUGCCCUUCAUCCUAAUGCAUCCCAAACCUGUGGAGCCGCCGGUGUCCCGCCCACAGUCAGCUGUGCCAGAGACGGACCCCCCCAUCGACACCAAUUUAAUAGAAUUCGACACAAACAUCUCCCAGGACGACGACUUCGUCUUCGAGGACUUUGCCCGGCUGCGGCUCAAAGGCAUGGUGGACGACAAGGAUGAAGACUGCUAGGAGCUCACUUCAGAACCACCACACACACCCCCACAAACACACACCUACACUCUUCACAUUACAUUCCCCAGUGGAGGAGGCGGAUUAGGGCAUGUCAUGACGGGGGCCUCGCAGAGGCUCGGGGGGGUUCUUCCUCUCUUUCUUCCACCAUUUGUCACGUUGCCGCCAUUUUUUGCCACUGUCUUUUCUGUUUCUCCUUUUGCUGAAGGUUGAAAAACUGUCAAUGUUAACUGUAGCACAUGUUUUCAAUCUGGAUCGAAAUCUCUGCUGUUUGUUUCUUUGUAGUCAAGCUUGGUUUGAUUAGAAAAAGAUGUGCAGGAAGCCGACGAGUGGCAGAAUCAGCAGUGCUUGUUCUCCUUUAUUUUGAAAUGGUUUUGGAUGUCGACCGUUUCCUGCAGCAACGAUCACAGUCUUGUACAAACAGAAUAUACAUUUGAAAUAUAGAAAAAAAACUUCUGUAAGCAUUUGAGAUCUGUGUUCAGUGGUGAUCACUGUAUUUCUUGAAGUAAAUGCUGUAGAUGCUUUUUACAUCGUGGCUGCAAAGGGAAGAAA